AUGAGCGGGCAUUGCGCUCGAGGGCUUCUUCGGAAAGCCAACUGCGCCAUCCUCGCCGCUUUCUUCCUACUUCAGCGGCCAGACAGAGGCGAUGCAGCAUUCAGUGAUCUCACUGGCAGCACAGUUGAUAACAUACUAAGACAGGCUGUCCCCCCCAAGCCUCCAGUGCAAACGCCCGCCCCGACGUUCCCUCAAGAGGCGUAUGGCAAGGAGCUUCCGCUUCAGCGCCAAGAUGCAGCCGCAGGCGCAACAGCUGGGGCGGCAUCAGCAGCAGUUACUCAGGGCCCACCUUCUCGAUCCGCCGGAUAUUUCCCCCAGUCUAUGCAGGCCUUUGGAGGGGCCACCAACCCAGCGGCUGCUGUGCCUGCACUGCAGCCGCAGCCUGCUGCAGCGCCUCUAGCAUCAGGAACUGGAUCGGGAGUUGCAUCUGGUUUUCCUUCGUUCUCAGUAGGCACUUCCAGCCUUCCAACGGCAGGUAUAUCGGGGGCGGGAGCAGUGGGAGGAGUGACGGGAGUAGGCGGCUGGCAUCCAGUCACUUCCCGGUAUUCUCGGAAGGCAUUGGCCGCUGGCCUGACUGUGCAUACACCUGAGGCAGGAGACGUGACAACAGCAGCACCUGUAUCGGAUACAAGCGUUCCAGUUGGCUUCUUUUCGAGUUCCACUGGGGUAUACAAAGUCCCCCGCUUCCCCUCGAGCGUCCAGUCACUAAGCGAGCCCAGCGAAGAAGCCAUAAGGACUUGUAUCCUACGAGUACCGGCAACGAAGAUGACAAACGGCUUUAGUGAUACCCUGAAGUCGGGGGGCGUCAACAUUAUGGGUAAUGCUUCUUCCCAGCUGCUGCGUUUCAUCGCCACCAGCUCACCGCGCUAUACCUCGAAGUUGAGUGUGCCUUUGGUGCUGUUUCAACGAGCAAUGGGUGCACGAGUGAGCUACGAGAUAAAGGUGGCGGUACCCAAAGGGUGCGUGCUGCUUCCUAGUGACCCGAAUUUGGUGGGUUUUGUCAGGAGAGAUGGUAAUUAUGUCGUGGAGGCGGCCGUUAGACUGUUUCCUGAUAUUCUCGCGGGGUACACCUCGUCUGUGGCUCCAGUUCCAGCUGACCUCGUGGCAUUCGCUGCCGCCUUGCCGCCUGACUCGAACUUUCAGCCGGUAGGGCACUGCGUGUUUGUGGCCCACUUCAGCACCGCACCCGAGAACAUUCGACUGUGGGCAUCAUAUACGCAAGUCAGAGUGGAAGGCGAUACUGCUCUAGGCACAGAGACGCUGCAGUUGGAGAUCCCCCUAGUGUGCCUGCCACAGUCUCUACACCGAACUGCCAUGUGGGCAACAAAGCUAUACAACGGGACUGCGAUUAUCGUCGCUUUCAGCCCCCCCCCAAAGCCGGAGCCCGAGUGGUUCGUUCUUCGCACCUCCGGCGACGAAGGAGCGUUGCAGCGAUUGGUGGGAAGUGGAGCUGAGGACUUUCCGGGGGCGGGGGGGGAGGGAAGCUGCCGGGGGGAACGCAUUUACAAAUCGUU